AUGCAGAGAUACCCUCAGAAACGCAGGCGCUGGCCCAGUGAUGAUGAUGAGGAACUGCAGAUCGAACUCACCAGUCCUUCUUGUCUCUUUGCAGCCAAUCCCAUUGACGUCCUGAAGGUCCUGGAGCUGUCGGACGAUAUGGAGGGCGUGUCGUUGGAGUCAGGGCUGUGCACCGGCAGGCAGGGACGAGGGGAGACGGACCUCUCCUUUAAGAUCGACAAGAAGAUUCAACUGAGCGCGCCCACCAAUCAACUCUUCCCUGAUUCGCCAUUCCCUGUGGACUUCUCAGUGAUGACAACAGUCAGAGCUGUAAAAGGCUCACAGGUCUUCCUCCUCUCGCUGUACGACUCGCAGGGCACACAGCAGCUGGGCGUGGAGGUCGGCCGCUCUCCCGUCUUCCUGUACGAGAACCACGAGGGUCAGCCACCUCCAGAGCUGUACCCCACCUUUAGAAAGAUCAACCUGGCUGAUGGCAAGUGGCACAGAGUGGCCUACAGUGUGGAGGGCCAGUCAGUGACUCUCUACCUGGACUGUGUGAAACUGGACACCCUGGACCUGCUCAGAGGUCCCGACCCCCACGUCAGCACUGAGGGGGUCACCGUGUUCGGAACGCGACUGUUGGACGAAGACGUGUUCGAGGGAGACAUCCAGCAGCUGCUGAUCAUCGAUGACCCCAGAGCAGCAGAGACGUACUGUGAGGACUACAUCCCGGACUGUGACGCCGCUUUGCCCUACAGCGGGAUAUUAGCAGAGGCGGAGGAGGUGGAGAGAGUACCUAAGAAACAUGUGGUGGAGGAGUUUGAGGAGUUUGACUACAGUGACUUCUACGAAGACAUUUCCGCUGUGACAGCAGAUCCUAAUGUCACAGAGUAUGAGAUCAUAGAGUAUGAAGACUACGACAACACAUCAGAUCUCUACCACGUGAACGAGUACGAGUACGAGGAGGAAUACGACGAUCGCUACGGGCCGGCCGAGAGGGAACGAGAGCACUCUAUUAACACACAGGACAUUCCAGAAAAAGGAGAGAAAGGAGAGCCGGGCAUUUUGGGAGCGGGAACGCUGAUUACAGGACCAUACGGGCCUCCGGGACCUGAGGGAGAGGCGGGACCUUCUGGAAUCACAGGACCAGUGGGACCUCGAGGAGACCCAGGGGAGCUGGGUCCGCCAGGGCGGCCAGGCCUUAACGGAGCCGAUGGGAUACCAGGUCCCCCAGGAAACAUCAUGCUCAUUCCGUUCCAGUCAAGUGGUGAUCCAAAGGCAGGUACUGUGGUUUCUGCACAGGAGGCGCAGGCUCAGGCCAUCCUGCAACAGACCAAGCUGGCUAUGAAGGGACCUCCAGGGCCGCUCGGCCUCAGGGGAAGACCCGGACCACUGGGUGCAACAGGUUCCUCUGGGCUGAAGGGGAACAGUGGAGACGUGGGGCCAGUGGGUCCUUCUGGACAGACAGGUGUCUUAGGUCAAAGUGGACGACCUGGGAAAAGGGGUCGAGGGGGUACAGAUGGGGGCCGUGGUGCGAUAGGAGAGACUGGAGGAAAGGGAGAUAGAGGGUUUGAUGGCUUACCAGGUCUCACUGGAAACAAAGGACACAACGGGGAAAGGGGAAAGCCAGGCCUUCUAGGUCCUUCUGGAGAGCCGGGAGAACGGGGCUCUGAGGGUCCAAAUGGACCAAGAGGACAACCAGGCGAUGCUGGUUCCAGAGGUCUGAACGGCCCCAGAGGUCGUUCUGGUCCCUCAGGCCAGCCUGGCAUUCGAGGAAUUGACGGGGCUCAAGGUUCAAAGGGAAACAUAGGAGCUGCAGGGGACAUCGGAGCACCUGGACAGCAAGGCAACCCUGGCAUUGUGGGUUUCCCUGGUCCUCAGGGGUUAGUGGGGCUGCCAGGAGAGAAGGGGCCUCAAGGGAAGAAAGGGAUGCAGGGUUUAGCUGGAAACGACGGGCCCUCAGGUCACCCCGGAAGAGAAGGGACUCCAGGUGAAAAAGGCCUGCCGGGUCCUUUGGGAGUGCAGGGCCCCGUCGGAUACCCUGGACAACGAGGAGUUAAGGGAGCAGACGGAAUAAGAGGAUUAAAGGGAAGCAAAGGUGAAAAGGGGGAGGAUGGUUUCCCAGGGUCCAAAGGGGAGAUGGGAGCAAAAGGGGACGAUGGAGACAACGGACCUACAGGCGGCCGAGGAGAAGAUGGGCCUGAGGGACCGAAAGGACAGUUGGGUCCUCUAGGAGGCGCUGGCACUUCUGGUACUUCUGGGGAGAAGGGGAAACUGGGAGUUCCUGGGCUGCCAGGAUAUCCGGGGCGACUGGGGCCAAAGGGCUCUGAUGGAUUUCCUGGUUCACUGGGAGCUGCAGGAGAGAAAGGGAAGAAAGGUCCCGCAGGACAAGCAGGAGGCGCAGGCCAGCGGGGUCCAAAUGGCGCACGAGGUGGCAGAGGGGCAAGAGGGCCGACUGGGAAAUUAGGAGAAAAGGGCAUCUCCGGACAUGAUGGACCCUCAGGAUCUCCUGGAGAGAGGGGGCCUCAAGGGCCGCAAGGAAGGAAUGGAGAGUCGGGACCUAAAGGAUCAGGCGGUCCAGCUGGGAAAGACGGACUUCCAGGUCACCCAGGUCAAAGAGGAGAGCCGGGAUUCCAAGGGAAGACGGGGCCUCCAGGACCCUCAGGUGUUGUGGGGCCACAGGGCAAAUCAGGUGAAUCCGGUCCUACGGGGGACCGGGGUCACCCAGGGGCACCGGGUGUACCUGGAGAGCACGGUUUACCAGGGGCUGCUGGGAAGGAAGGUGGAAAGGGGGAUCCAGGUCUACCUGGGACAUUUGGAAAGAAUGGUCCUCAAGGACUGAAAGGGUUCAGGGGGAGCAGAGGACCCCCCGGAAUUAUGGGACCUCCUGGUCUGAAAGGAGGAUCAGGACCUACUGGAUCAUCAGGAGCCAUAGGGUCGACGGGUGAGAGGGGCACUCCUGGAACAGCAGGUGCCAUCGGACAGCCUGGUCGGGCCGGAGCAAUCGGAGGACCUGGACCAAUGGGAGAGAAGGGCGAGCCUGGAGAGAAGGGUCCGGUGGGACCAGCGGGUCAGGAUGGAGAUCAGGGUCCUGUGGGGAUGCUAGGGGCUACGGGCCCUGCAGGACCUCCAGGAGACGACGGGGAUAAGGGGGAGCAGGGACUGUCCGGGCAGAAAGGCAGCAAAGGAGACAAAGGGGAAUUAGGCCCCUCAGGCCCCACUGGCAUUCAAGGUGUAAUUGGUCAGUCGGGACUUCCGGGUAUAGAUGGACUGCGGGGCCCCCGGGGCCAGCAGGGCAUGUACGGUCCGAAGGGAGAUGAGGGACUCCGCGGCUUCAAGGGCUCCAGAGGACCAAUAGGAUUACAGGGCAUGCCCGGCCUACCAGGAGAGAAGGGUGAGAGCGGACAUGUGGGACUAAUGGGUCCACCUGGUCAACAAGGCCCCUCUGGUCCUCAGGGAGCUAUUGGGGGACAGGGUCCGGCUGGACGACUCGGGAUGAUAGGACAGCCAGGUGUUGUUGGAGAGAAGGGGGAGGAUGGCGAGGCAGGUGACCCUGGAGCAGCUGGUCUUCCAGGAAGACUGGGAGGAAAAGGAGACCAGGGGGAGAAGGGAGAUACGGGCCUUCCAGGAGCAGCGGGUCCUGCAGGAGCCAGGGGCCUAACGGGAGAGGACGGAGCCAAGGGCAACUCUGGUCCUCCAGGUCUCACCGGGGACCUCGGACAGCAGGGAGAGGCUGGACCCAAUGGGGUGGAUGGUCUGGCCGGGUCUAAGGGAGACACAGGAGACCCUGGGAAAUCUGGACCACCAGGAGCAGCAGGAGAACCUGGACCUUCUGGACCUCCUGGGCGAAGGGGCCACUUGGGAAAAAAAGGAAAAGACGGAAAGGGGGGUCUGAAAGGAGCGAAGGGUGCUUCCGGUUUGGAGGGUCCCAUAGGGAAGACGGGGCCCGUAGGUGCCCAGGGACACUCCGGCAAGCCAGGCCCUAAAGGUUUAAGAGGGAUCCCCGGCCCUGGAGGUGAUCAGGGUUUAAAUGGACCACCUGGCCAGACAGGACCCCCAGGUCCCAUGGGUCCAACGGGAUUGCCAGGACUAAAGGGAGACCAUGGCAAGAAGGGAGACAAGGGUCACGGUGGUCUUAUAGGUCUGAUCGGGCCACCAGGGGACGUCGGAGAAAAGGGCGACAGAGGACUGCCAGGCAACCAGGGACUGUUGGGUCCGAAAGGAGAUGAGGGUCUAGUCGGCCCAUCAGGUCCCCCCGGACCCCCCGGCAUCAAUGGUCUAUCCGGUGGUAUUGGUACAAAGGGCUCUAAAGGAAACCAGGGUCCAAUUGGUGCUCGAGGAGAUACCGGGCCUGCAGGAUAUCCAGGACCACCAGGAAAGCCAGCUGCUGGCAUGUCCCCUCUGCCGGAGCGUGGACGGAGGCGGAGAACCCACACCUCGGUGGAUGGCGCUGCACUUGAAGAGGAGGAGGAGGAGGAGGAGGAGGCGAUGGACGGAGGCGAGGAGGAAUGGAUGCAGCGGGAUCAGGCGGAGCAGGACGGUCGGAUGAAGGAGAAGGAGGGCCAAGGCAUGGAGGAGGUGUUUGCGUCUCUGAACUCUAUGAAAGUAGAGGUGGAUGGUCUGCGUAACCCACAAGGGACGUACCACAGCCCCGCCCGCACCUGCAAGGAGCUGUGGCUCCUCCACCCAGAGCUCCCCAACGGUGAGUACUGGAUAGAUCCCAACCAGGGUUGCCAUCGAGACUCCUUCAAGGUGUUUUGUAACUUCACUGCACAGGGAGACACAUGUCUGCAGCCUGACAAGAAGUUCCAGUCGGUGAAGUUAGCAGCUUGGAAAGGGGAGAAGCCCGACACCUGGUACAGUAAAUUCAGGAAAGGAAAACAGAUUUCCUACUCCGGGGUGGACGACGUUCCAGUCCACGUGGUCCAGUUGACCUUCCUGCAGCUGCUCAGCGCCACUGCCAAGCAGACCUUCACCUACCACUGCCUCAACUCCGCCGCCUGGCUGCACGUCGCCACCUACAGCCACGAACAUGCACUGCGCUUCAGAGGCGCCAACGGGGAGGAGCUAACGCACGAGAACGCACAUUACAUCAGUGCGCUGUACGACGGGUGUCAGACGCGCUCGGGACAAGAGAGGACGGUGUUGGAGUUUGACGCUCCGCUUUCCAACACGCUCCCCAUCAUCGACGUGGCUGUGCCCGAUUUUGGGAAGGGGAACCAGAAAUUUGGUUUCCAAGUCGGUCCGGUCUGCUACAACGGUUAACCGAGCCGGGAGAUUACAACAGGAGUAAUUUAAUAGAGCCAUGGACACUUUUUACAUGCAGGGAGAAAACUACAUUCAAGACUUUAUGGUGCCACAUAUUUAUAAGUUGAUUUACCUACAACAGUGUUCCUUCAUCUAAACAUUCACUCUGUCAUACAGACGUUCAUUCACUCUCCUUAAUUCAUCUUAUUCCUCUCAUACAUUCUCACAACUCACUGGCAUAUUGUGUUUUCAAGAGCAGUAAAUAUAAAAUGUAUUGACCGUCAACCGCAUCCUCAGUUACACACAUUUACAUUUUCUGGAGGAGUGAGUGGUGCUCCCACUGUUUCAUCCAUGUCUAUUCAUACAUUUAUUGAUCUAUGCACUCAAUUCCUAUAGAUAUACUUACACCAGUCAACAUUACGAUCAGUGAGUCAUCGUCAUGAAUAUACAAACACACCGUAUUUAGGCAACAUUCACCGAACACGUUGUUCUGUGAUAUCAUCAAACCUCAAUUUGCUGUGUUGUUUUUUUGUUUGUUGUUGUCAUGUUGUUGUUAUGAUUAUCUGUUAUGUGAUGUAUAUUGGAGUGUAAUUCAUCACGGUGCUAUUAUGCGGCUCCUCGCGGAGCACAUGUCUUUGUAAAAGGGAACUGGGGCAGUGCAUUUUUUUUAUUUUUUAUAUUGUGAAACUUUGU